CCCGAAGCGGGUGGACAUUCUUAGAAUUUGAAAAGGACACUUCGCGGCUAGAAGGAAUUAAAAGGAAAUUGACCCGCCCAUAGGAGCUGAGAAGGGAACAGAUCUUGCCCUCGGGCUGCCUACUCUCGGAGCUUUCCAGGCCCAGUUGUGUUACCAGGAAAGGCCAGGAGAAAGCACCCGCUUCAGCGGCCACAGAUAGCUGCUUUCUUCUGACACCUACCAGUCUGGACCCAGCAAAGUGAUGUCUAGCUUCAGAUGCAUUCCAGCAAUUAGGGCCUGGACCAUGCAGAGCCUACCAAUCAUUCCUGUGCCGGUGCCGGUGCUGCGCCUCCCUCGGGGCCCGGAUGGCUUCAGCCGAGGCUUUGCCCCUGAUGGACGCAGGACCAUCCUGAGGCCAGAAGUCGGAGAAGGUCGUAUUCAAGAUCCGCCAGAGUCACAGGAACAGCGGGCCCGAGCCGCUCUGCGGGAGCGCUACCUCCGAAGCCUCCUAGCCAUGGUGGGCCACCCUGUGAGUUUCACACUGCACGAAGGUGUACACGUGACUGCCCAGUUUGGUGCCACAGACCUGGAUGUAGCUAACUUCUACGUUUCCCAGCUGCAGACUCCCAUAGGCGUGCAGGCGGAGGCCCUGCUUCGAUGUAGUGACAUAAUUUCCUAUUCCUUCAAGCUGUGAAGACUGUCUGCUCGUUCUCUUGUGGGCAUUGCCGCAGUAGCCCAGGCCUCUGUUCUCAGCACCUUCCUGGACUUCGAAAGCAAGCGCCAACAAACUCUGGCUUUGGACUCAGAGGCACACCAAAGCAGAGACCACCUGGGGCUGGAUGCUGAUGACCCUGGCUCUCAAGAGGCUGCGGUGGGAAGAUCAUAAAUUCAAGGGGGGACAGGCUGUGCCACAGUGGGAGGCUGCAACCACAGACAUCCUAGGUCUUUCGUGUUGAAAGGAAUGUUCUUCCUCACACUAGUGAACUUUACAGAAAUAAAUUCCAAGGCUAGGCCUUGCAGACUGAGGAGUGUGUAUAUGCAUGUGUGUCUGU